UAUCUCCAAAAUGACGUCCAUUCCUUAUUUUCGCCUUUUUACGGCCUUGUACAUCAUUGUCGGCGCUAUGGCAUCUCCUCAACUGUUGCCGCCCGUCAUAAGCUCCGGUCUAAGCUCUCUGCUGCGACCUACUUCGACAUCUACAAGCCAGUCAUCUAGCGGCGCUAGCUCUUCCCCGUCUAUGUCGAGCAGCUCUACUUCGACGACACCCAGCACCAUGGCCACCGUUGUUUCUGCCCGAGGAAUACUACCUGUUCCACUCCCGCUUGUGGGCCAGCCGGCCUCCACAUCUAGCCUUGCACACACAGAAGCGUCCAGCACUACAUCCCCCAGUAGCACCACCGCUGCUCUCGCAGCUCGAUUUCUAGGAUUACCGUUGCCUCCUUUGCCAAUUUUGGAUCCUGCUACCCCUACGCAAGAGCCUGAAGACGAUGAAGACGACGAAGACGCAGAGACUACUUCGAGCGCCUCGAGCGCCUCUACCACCGCGUCGUCUAGCAGUACACCAGAUCUCGAAGAACGAUUUUUGGGGUUGCCCUUACCUCCUCUGCCCAUCCUAGACCCCGCUCCUACAAAGAAAACGGAAGUCUCCUCCUCGUCUUCAUCAAGCGGCUCUGCGAAGGCAUCAUCUACUAGUGCAAGCUCUUCCGAAACAUCCUCAAUCUCGUCUGGAACCUCCAUUGCAGCACGCCGAUCAGUUACUUGA